AUGGCUGUCAUCCUUUCCAUCGCGGUUUGCUGGUUCAUCAGAGACUGCCUAAAAGUGGAAGGACUGAGGGGGAAGUAUAUUGUCAUCACUGGAUGCGACAGUGGCUUUGGCCAUGCCCUGGCUAAGUACCUCGACCAGAAAGGAUUCCGCAUCAUUGCUGCGUGUCUCUCAAAGGAAGGGAGCCAGGAGCUACUAGCCAACACUUCCUUGUCAUUGCAAACUGUGGAGCUUGAUCUAACGGACCCUGGCAGUAUUGACAAGGCUGUGGAGUUUGUGCGGGCAGAAACUGAGGGUGUAGGUAAGCAGCCUAUAGAACACAGCCUUGCUUUCAAAAGACAGGGGGCACCUCGAGGCAACCUGAAUUGA